CAUUCUCCAAGUCAGUGUUCCUUGUCGGAAUGUAACUUCUGAGGGUAAAAUCCGCACAAUCAAAAUAACGACCUUUUUUUUAACCGACAUACCAACUAUAAUUCUGAAACAUAACUGCCUGAAAAGACAGCCUGGUAAAAGAACAUGAGUAAAGAGUCCAGAAUGAGGGCAACAAUAAACCAGAAGCUGACAGAGAUGGGCGAGCGAGAGAGGCUGAAGGAGUUACUGAGGUCUAAGCUCACUGAAUGUGGAUGGAAGGACCAGAUGAAGGCUCACUGCAAAGAAGUAAUCAAAGAAAAGGGCUUGGAGCAUGUCACUGUGGAGGACCUGGUGGUAGAGAUCACUCCUAAAGGAAGAGCCUUGGUGCCAGACAGCGUGAAGAAGGAGCUUCUACAUAGGAUAAGAGCGUUUUUAGCUCAGCACGCUACAUAAUUGUUUAUACUUUCACUGUUUUAUUACCAUUUCAUUAGACCACUUGCCUAUACUAACACUAUAUAAAACAUUUCAUUUAACUGAUUUAUGCUUAUUUGAAAUUAAAAAAAUGUUUUUUUUUCAAUAUCUUUAAUUUUCUGUGACAAACAGUACUGACACACACUUGGCCAUUUGAUAAUGUAUUUUUAGGAAUCUGUGACUGCAGCAAUCACAUAUUUAUAAAUGCACAUACCUUGCACAUUUAGUUGGUCUUUGUGAAUGAGAAAUAAAGUUUUUGAUUUAUUGGAUUUCAGUUGACAAAAUUAUUUCCAAAUCCAUAUUUGUAUAAUCAUGUCAGGAUGCCAUGCUGGAUCCUACCAGUACAUGGGAAUACUGUUAUCUAUCAUUUACUAUAUGCGUUUACAGUGGAGUACUGUAAUGUGUGUGAAUAGAAGCUUUUGUUGUUCAGAGUUUCUCCUGAUUAAAAGAGUCUUUUUUAAUGGUGAUUUUAUUAUGUGCACAUUACAUGGUUCUUGUAUACAUUGUAUGUUGCUAACAGAUGCUAAUCUUGAAGUUAAUAUUUAAAAUGUUAAUGUCACUGACUUUAAAAAGUGUCCAAUACAUCUGGUCUCCAGUGCUGGAUGAAGUACUCCAAUCCUUUACUAGAGUAGCAAAAGCAAAAAUACUGAAAAUACUCCAUUAGAAGUAAAACUCCUGCAUUAAAAAUAUGAAAUAACAAAAAGUCCCAAAUAUUACUAGCACAAGACUAAGGGUGUGACGAGAUCUCGUGAUAUUAAAACAUGACAAUAUUUGACAUCAAGGUGAAAAGCUGUCUCGUGACAUCAGGACAAAACAGAAUCAGAGCAGCACCCGGCAUGACAGAGUGUAAGGGUGAAAUUAGCAUAGGAGAUGCCCCUGCCACUUUUUUAUGUUGAGAUUGUGGAAAGGAGUUCAGUUAGAAGGCCACACACAGCUUCAGUUUGAAGUUAGAAGCUUGUGCAUAGUCCAUGUACAGUUAUAAGGUCUGAAGAGACUCAUGUGACUCAUACAGGAGAGAAGCCAGCCAGGUGAGUUUGUGGCAAAGCCUUUUAGAGUGUCUGCAUAUCUUUUACUGCAUAUGAUAAUUCAUACUCAGAAAGUAGAACUGAAGUGACAUUACAAGAUGAUUAGUUCAAACAU